CAACCACAUCCGCCGCACACACUCUCUCAAACACUCUUCCGUCAACCCCCCAAACCACCGUCAAAAUGGAGAACGAACGCGGAGAGCUCGUCGACCUUUACGUCCCACGCAAGUGCUCUGCCACCAACCGCAUCAUCAAGGCCAAGGACCACGCCUCCGUCCAGCUUUCCGUCGCAAAGGUCGACGAGAACGGCCGUGCCACUGGCGAGAACCAGGUCUACGCCCUUUGCGGCUUCGUCCGUGCCAUGGGCGAGAGCGACGAUGCGAUGAACCGACUUACACAAAAAGAUGGUUUCUUGAAGAACGUGUGGAGCGCUUCCCGAUAGAUUGUGGGCGGAAGGUGAAGAGACAGGGAACAUAGAAGGCGCAAGGACAUUACUGCUGACGGCUUCAUGCUUGGCGUAUGGUGUACUCGGGAUCGACCAUGCGAGGAUAUAGAGAGGCAUGGAGUGGCCUUGCUUUAAUUAGCUCAAGGCCUAGCGACACAAUGAGUGCGCUGCGGCGCAGAAUGCCAAAAGAAAACAGAUUCCCCAACGACCUACGACGUAUUCCGGGCCAUUUCUUAUCUCAUUUUCUCGAUAUCUCGUCUCCUUUUUUUCGUAUGAAAAGUGCUGAUAGCAACACAUGGCUGUUUACGGCCUUCUCUUUCCCUCCUCAUUAAGGUGAGUUGGCCAUGAAAGAAGGAGGAAAGGCGUGAAGUCUUGCAGGUGGUUGGCUGGGAUCUUUGGAACUCGCCUUCAUUCUUCUGCUUGACUUUGCUAGCCUAGAACGACAAGGCGCCUUGAAAAAGCUGCAGCCGUUGAGAUCAUUGGCUGUGGUACAGAUACGGGCAGGACAUAAUUUUC